CUAUCACACUCGGCCAAGACCCAAAGGAAAAGAGAGAGGAAGCUCUGCAACUCCAUUUUCCAUAGGUGAACACGAGCUCAAACUCAAACAAGGAAAAAGAGGGAGUUUAAAGAAGGAAAAAGGCUAGGAAAGGUGUGUAGAAUUAAGAUGGCACCAAGGCAGAAGCAUACUAGAGGUGGAGGUGCCGGCUCUAGCCGAGGCAACACCAGCCGGUACCAGCCCAGGUUCCCGCAACUGCGGGACGAACUGAAGCAUACGGAGCUGCUGCAAAAGCCUAUGGGCACAUUCUACUUUCCAGAUGAGGACUCUCUCACGGCAGCAGGAGUGAGAGAUGACGUGAUGUUCCUUUUGAGACGUGGGUGGUGGAGGCACCUAUUUUUUGGGAUCCGUGAUAUGACUUAUAGAGAGAUUACUUGCGAGGUGCUGGCGACAUUCAAGAUGCCGAAGGUCAUCCCUAUUGAUGACAACCAUAGGCCCGUCAUCAAGUUCCGGGCAUUCGAGGAGGACCAUGUCAUCUCCAUGGCGGAGGUGCGCUAUCAUUUGGGUUUUAUGGGGAUCGAGGAUAACGGCCAGCACGAGGCUACUCUGACAGACUUUCCCCCAGGCGUCGAUCGCCAGGCAUUCUGGGAGUCGAUUACGAGAGAUGGCGGGACUUACACACCGAAGAAGUCCCCUAGCACUUUGCUUUACCCCCGCCAGUACCGCAUUAUACACGCACUCCUUUCCUCCACCAUCACCGGCAAGGCCGAGGUUGCCGGUAAGGUCACUCAGACGGACCUCUUCUGCUUAUAUUGUAUGAUCCACAACUGCAAGCCCCACAUGGG